CGCCCCCUGUCCCGUUUUGGCCACGCCCCCUCCGCCCCUUUGCCCCGCCCCUUUCGCCGCCGAAGACCCACGGACGCCCCUCCCCCCCACCGGAGCCCCUCCCCCCACGGCCCCGCCCCUUUCCCCGCCCACCGCCACCAUGGCCAGCAAUGUGACCAACAAGACGGACCCGCGCUCGCUCAACUCGCGCGUCUUCAUCGGCAACCUGAACACGCUGGUGGUGAAGAAGAGCGACGUGGAGGCCAUCUUCUCCAAGUACGGCAAGAUCGUCGGCUGCUCCGUGCACAAGGGCUUCGCCUUCGUGCAGUACGUCAACGAGCGCAACGCCCGCGCCGCCGUGGCCGGGGAGGACGGCAGGAUGAUCGCCGGCCAGGUGCUAGACAUCAACCUGGCGGCCGAGCCGAAGGUGAACCGGGGCAAGGCGGGGGUGAAGCGCUCGGCGGCCGAGAUGUACGGGUCAGUACCCGCCCCCCCGUCACCGUCCCCCCUCGUCAGGUCAUCGUUUGACCUGGACUACGACUUCCAGCGGGAUUACUAUGACCGGUACCAGUAUAAACCAGUCCAGAGCGGGAUGUACAGCUACCCCGCCCGCGUGCCGCCGCCGCCGCCCAUCGCCCGCGCCGUGGUGCCCUCGAAGCGGCAGCGCGUGUCCGGCAACACCUCCCGGCGCGGCAAGAGCUUCAACAGCAAAUCGGGGCAGCGGGGCUCCUCCUCCAAAUCCGGCAAACUGAAAGGGGACGACCUGCAGAGCAUCAAGAAGGAGCUGGGGCAGAUCAAGGCCAAGGUGGACGCGCUGCUGGAGAGCCUCGAGCGGCUCGAGCGGGAGCAGAAGGCCAAGAGCGACAAGGCCGAGGAGGAGCAGGGCGGCGGCUCCGGCUCCAAGAAGGACGAGGCGGGCGGGGCCAAGGCCGAGGGCGCCCACGAGGACUCGGCCGAGGAGGGAGAUCUGCUGGACGACGACGAGGGCGAGGAGCGGGGCGACGAGCAGCUGGAGUCGCUGAAGGGGGACGAGAAGGAGGCCGAGGAGGGCGAGGACGACCGGGACAGCGCCAACGGCGAGGACGAGCCCUGAGCCCCGCCCACAAAGGCCCCGCCCCCUUUCCGCCCGGCCCCGCCCCUGCCGUGCUCGUGCUGUCGUGGCCCCGCCUCCUCCCGCCCCACCACCGCCCUCCGUAGUUCUGGCCCCGCCCCCUUUUAUCCUGCGGUCCCGCCCCCUCAUCCCUACCUCACACGGCCCCGCCCCCCCAAGCCCCGCCCCCUCUUCGGUUAAUUUUGAUACCUCGAGAUGACGAUUAAAGGACGGAUGUUUGUA